ACAGAGUUGCAGCCAGCAGCCGCUCUCAGAUGGGAGCCGUCCGUUCUCUGAGGCGGCCGGGAACCUGGAGGCGCCAAGGACCCAGCCGGGAACCCCUCAUUGGCAAUCGGACAUCUGGACGGCAGGGAGGGAGCAGCCUGGGGACAGCCCCCCCCCAAACUCCUGGCCAGCUCGCUUUUUAAAGAAGACCCUCUCUCGGAGACCUCCCUCACCUGCCUGCUCCUAGAGUUUCCCAGAAGCCGCUUCAAGAUGCUCGGGUUAUGGGUGCUGGUCCCUCUGCCUCUCAGACCCAAGUGAAGCGGACUGGCUCUCCAGAGUCUCUUCCCCCACUCCAACCCAUCAAGGAAAAACACUUUCCUGGGGGGCUCCUCUCCUCCUCACUUCUCACCCCUGCCUGGGGGGCCUUCGUAGGGCUGAGCAUGUUGGUUUUCCUUUGGAUCUCAAGCCCCAUGCCCCAGGACUUCUGAGUCGAUGUCAGCCAUGCGGCUGUUCACAUGUGUCCUGCAGCUCUUGGCUGGUCUGUCCCUGCCUGCUGCAUCCCCCCAGCAGUGGGACCUGUCUCCUGAGAAUGGCACCGCAGAGGUAGAAGUGCUGCCCUUCCAAGAGGUGUGGGGCCGAAGCUUUUGUCGCUCACUGGAGAAGCUGGUGGAUGUUGCGACCGAGUACCCAGGGGAAGUGGAGCACAUGUUCAGCCCAUCCUGUGUCUCACUGAGGCGUUGCACUGGCUGCUGUGGGGAUGAGAACCUCCAUUGUGUUGCUGUGGAGACAACCAAUGUCACCAUGCAGCUUCUGAAGAUCAAGUCUGGGGAACAGCCAUCCUACAUGGAGUUAGCAUUCACUGAGCAUGUGCGGUGUGAGUGCAGAGGGACACCUCCUGAGGAUUUCACACCUGAACAGAUUCCCUCCACUACAAGGCUGACCCUCGAAGCAGAAGCAUCUACUCAAGCCCGACAGCCAAACAGAGCACUUAGGAGACUCGCUCUUCUCCGAUCUCACCUCCAAGCUGAACACCAGACUGAUGCCAUCACGUGCACUUGAGCCUCACUGGCCUCUCCUCCUCUAAACAAGAAAAAGAGAAAACACAACCAGAGUGCUUUGUUUUCCAGUUGAGCAGCCACAGAUACCAUGAGGCAGGAGCACCAUAUGCCUGAGAGAUGAAGGUUCUUUUGGUUACAACUGACUCUCUACUCCCUAUUCUCAUACACCCCCUGACAACUGCUGGUCUUCUGGCCUCCAGGAUCUAUAUUCUUGUAUAUCUCUCUGGCUUUGAUGUUCCAGAAGGCUGCCUGAGAAAAGGAGAGCUGGCUCUAGCCUCUAAAAUGUUAAACGCUAGUUAAUAUUACUGAUGAUGACCAGGGCCAGCUAGAUGGCUUAGUGGAUAGAGGCCAAGUCUAGCCAUUGCUCUCAGCUGUGUGACCCUGGGCAAGUCACUUUAAUUCCAAUCUCCUAGCCCUUACCACACAUCUGCCUUGGAAUUGAUACUUAGUAUUGAUUCUAAAAGAGAAGGUAAAAGUUUAAACUAUAUAUAUAAAAUUACUGAUGACCUCUGCUCUCCCUCCUCUUUCCUCUAGAGCUGGGACCCAGAUACUUCCCCAAUCUUUUAGGCAUCCUUUUUAUAAAAAGUGAAGGAUGAGAAAUAGAAGAUGAGGAAGGGAUUGAAGGGAAGAGGGGUUGAGGUGUGCAGCCACUGACUUUGAGCCAGCAAAAAUAUUGGCAUUCCCAAAGUUUAAUUUUUAAAAUGUUUUUAAUUGAUUUGUUUUUUUUGUCACAUGACGAUAAUUUCUAAUACCCCUUUUUCCAGUGGAACUUUCUCUCUAACCGUCUCUGCUCUUUGUAUGGCUCUAUAUGAUUUCACUGACAUAGGGAACUUCUCGUGUGGAACAUGGAAACUCCCUUCACUGUUGAAAAAAUCUUAGUUGACUAGAGGCAUUGAGAGGUAACUUUUUCAAGAUCAAAUUGCUGGUGUGUGUGUUAGAGACAGAGAGAGAGAGGAAGAGAGAGAGAGGGAGAGAGAGAGAGACAGAGAGAGAGAGAGAGAGAGACAGAGAGAGAGAGAGAGAGAGAGAGAGAGAGAGAGAGAAGUAGGACUUGAAUUCAGGUCUUUGUGACUGCAAAACCAGCCCCCUUUCCAUUAAGUAAUACUGCCUCCAAGAGCCCUACCUCUCUUAUAACAAAGAAACCAUUUAGUAAAAACACUUGACAUAAAUCUACUCUUAGACUUCUUGUUGCUGGUACCACAGCAGAUGGGGAAGCUACCUGGAUAGGGUAAUCAGGCUUUGACUGAUUGGUGGUUUGCUGGGCUUUCUGCCCUUCGGGGGAAGGCUGGGGAGGAAGGGCAGCAUUUCCCCCUGAACUCCCGGUCUGAGUACCCUGCUAGAAAGAGUGUUGGACUUGGAAGAGACCUGAAUUCGAGUUUCAACUCUGCCGUUUGCUAGCUAGCUAGCUACGAGAGCCUGGCAGCCCCCUUCCCUGCCGUGAGCUUCAGACGCCUCAUUUGUAAAGUGAGAAUGAUGAUACUUGUACAGCCUACCUCACAGGGUUGUUGUGAGGAAAGCGCUUUGUAAACCUGAAAGCACCAUAUAAAUGUGAGUUCUAAUCAU